AUGUUUAGAAUGAGUGAAGACAGACUUUUUGAACUUGAACAAGCUGGCAAUAGAUCUUCUUUCUCUUCUUCUCUUCUCAUUGAUUAUCAAUAUAUGAGAAAUGUUAUCAAUGCUCGAAUGAUGAAACUCUCAAGAAAACAUGCGGAUCAUUAUGAAAGUGUCAAACUGUGGGUUCAAGAGUUGAACGAAAGUGAAAAUACUACUCUUUUCACAGUUCAUAAGAAUGACCCCUUCCUUGUUUCAUGGGUUUCUAAGUGGCAGAAAGAAUUUCUGGAUAAUUUGGAAGAGUGGUGCAUUGACUCAACAUACAAGACAAGCAAUUCAUUCAAUACUGUAACUGGUAAAGGUCCUGAAGAUUGCUUUCUGUUUACAAUUGUUGUGCAAAACCCUAUUACCAAUAAGGGAUUGUCUGCCUGCUUCUUUAUAACUGAUCAUGAAUAUAUCUCAAUCUUAAGUCAAUGGUUGACAUGGGUAAAGAACACCUUUACAUUAAAGGUGAAAAGAAUAAUGAUUGACUGCAGCCCCAUCAAAAUUAGUGCAAUCAAAAAAGUCUUUGGCAAUAGUAUUAAUAUCCUGUUAAGUCAUUGUCAUAUUAAAAGAGCAUGCGAAGUUAAUGUAAAGCAUGCUGCAAUCUUUCACAUCAAUAAUUUGAUAGAGUCUUAUCACAAUCAGCUGAAGACUUUCUAUCUUGGACGUGCAAGAUCUCUUCGAGUAGAUAGACUUAUUUAUCUUCUGGCCAAAGUCUUGACUCUUGACUACAGACAAGAAAAAGUCAAGACGUUAUAUGAAUUCCAAUCAGUACGUCUUACAUACAAAGAAGAGCAAAAAAGACAAAAUGUUUAUAUGCUAGAUAGAAGUACUGCUAUGAAAAUGGUUGAGAAAUUAAGUGAUACUGCAUUCACUUGCAGAUCAUUCACAGUUAAUCUUAUUUUAUACAAUAUUGAGCUACAGAAUAGAGAACCUGUUGGGAUGUGA